AUGCUUGGUCCAACUGGUCACGGAUCUCAGUAUAAGGAGAUUGGCCGUGCAAUAGCUACCUUGAUGGCUGAUGAGAUUUUCCACGACGUCGCGUACAAAGCUCGAAAUAAGGAGGACUUACUCGAUGGCGUUGACGAGUUUUUAGAUCAGAUAGAUGUUGUUCUCAAGGUUACGGUACAUUGGCCACCUGGAGAAUGGGAUCCAACCAUUCGUAUAGAGCCACCAAAUCAAAUUCCUUCGCAAGAAAAAAGGAAACAGGUGGGUCAAGAGAUGCUUCUGGAAGGCGUUCGAAAUGUCCUAAAGGACCGGGGAAAGGAAAGGAAGAACUUGAAGAGGAAGAUCCCUUACACCUUGCGUUUUUUCAAAACGUCGGUCUACCCUACAACUGGGUACGCGUACCGCUACCACUCGAGACCUAUCGAGACCACUGACGCAGAGGGUGCAGGACUCAUUCCCAACGUGGGAGUGUCACAUACCGCCAAUGAAAAGGUUCAAGAAGCUUUAUCGUCCGAACAGCGAACAUGA